UGUCUUUUGAGGGCGGCGACGGCGCCGGGCCGGCCAUGCUGGCCACGGGCACGUGAGUGGAGGCGGCGUUGUGAACCGCGGUGUGGGGAGGAUUUGGCCAUUCUGAGGCAGCGGGGCGCUGGGAGGGCAAGCGGCUCAUGGAAGGGGUAUGGCCUACGUAGAACAGAGGGCAGAGAUCACCCAGCGACCCUUUGCCCAGCGCUGGAAAGAGAUCGUUUGCGGGAACCGUCGUGUCUGACCCGAGGCAAAUCCUAGACAGCCUUCCCUUCCGGUGUCCAGACCCCCUGGGAUCCCUACCUUGGCCGAGGAUCGUAUCCACGGGGUCGGGGGGUUGCUCGGAGGGCCUCGGGGCGCCCCUCACCCGUCCAAAGGCGGGACUUCCGGUCCUGGCCCCCGCCUGGGCGGGAUUUCCUGUUUUCUUCCUAGAGAAGUGGGUCUUGUCUGGACCCCCGGGCGAGGUGGGGAGGUCUCCGAACGGCAGAGCAAGGCCCCAGACAUUCACCCCACCCCUGGCUACGGUGUGCAUGAUCGGGUUCCUCACGUCUUCGGGUGAGGGGCACUUCUAUUUUGACAGGUGGGGGGUUCACUAGCAUUCCUCCUUCCUUGGGGGACUUUUCUCUCCACCUCCUGUCCUCCUUGCCUCUCUUCCCUCCUCACCUCAUCCUAAGAGGCCAGUCCCCUUACCGCUGCCCCUCGUCUGGGGGACAGGUCCCAGCUGCUUCUCAUCUCUGCCUAAUCUCGAACUCUAUUGGGGCGGGGUUCUUUCUCCAUCUCUCAGCUCCUUGGAGGAGACAGGACUUCCUCCAGAAGCUGAAGGGUAGGGAUACUGCCCUGGUCUGGGCUACCCGCCGCUGGGUAACAGACUCCAGAGAGCACAGGGCCUUGGCAGAGAGGUCUGUUUAAAUGGCCCUUUUGCUUUUGCCCAUGCCUCCUGUGUAGGUGGGGGAACCUCCACAACCCACUCACCCCCAUUUCUUCUGUUCAACCCUGUGGCUACUCCAAGACGCAGCACAGAGAGGGAGUUUAACCCUGAUGCCCUCUUCCAGGAAACCUGUUCCCCUUAUUCUCUGUGAGUCAUUAGGGGGGCUAGGGGCCCAAGGACAGGAGAACCCCAGGCCUAGCACUGCCAGUGUGACCUUGGACUAGUCAUUUCCCUGCUCUGAGCCUCGCUCUCUUCCAUCAGAUGGGAACAACAUGAGGAGUGUGUUUGAGACACUGGGCUCCUCCCAGUUCUGUGGGUUUGGGGGCCAGGCAGAUAGCAGUUUCAGCCCCACUUCUGCCCUGUCUAGCUGUGUGCCUUCUGGCUAGUAUCUUAAGCUUUCUGAGCCUCACUUUCUCCGUCUGGAUUAGAAGGUCAUAAAUCUGUCCUUAUAAGGCAGGCAGAAUGGCGGUUGGGAUUAAGAACAGAUGCUGAGUCUGCCUGGACCUGAGUUUACAACUGUAAAAUGGGGUGGUUAACAGCUCCUCCCUUAUAGAGUUGGUGAGAGGGUAGGAUAAGAAGGUUGAUCACCCACUCGGCUCCCUGCCUGCCGUGUAUGAAGCGCUGGAUAAAUCCCUUCUGUCCAGCAGGGUUUUGUACUCCCUGAGCCUGGUCAUGAGUUAACAGCUCCCACCUUCCUGGAUCAGAUAGAAGGGCGCGGAUGGCGUCGGGGCGCCCCGAGGAGCUGUGGGAGGCCGUGGUGGGGGCCGCCGAGCGUUUCCGGGCCCGGACCGGCACCGAGCUGGUGCUGCUGACCGCCGCGCCGCCGCCACGCCCGGGCCCCUGCGCCUAUGCGGCCCAUGGUCGGGGGGCUCUGGCGGAGGCCGCCCGCCGCUGCCUCCACGACAUCGCCCUGGCCCACAGGGCCGCCGCCGCCGCCCGGCCCCCCGCGCCCCCGCCAGCACCACAGCCUCCCAGCCCCGCGCCCAGCCCACCCCGGCCUGCCCUGGCCAGGGAGGACGAUGAGGAGGACGAGGACGAGCCAACGGAGACCGAGACCUCUGGUGAGCGGCUGGGCGUCAGCGAUAACGGAGGGCUCUUUGUGAUGGAUGAGGAUGCCACCCUCCAGGACCUGCCCCCCUUUUGUGAGUCAGACCCUGAAAGCACAGAUGAUGGCAGCCUGAGUGAGGAGACCCCUGCUGGCCCCCCAAGCUACUCGGUGCCCCCGGCGUCAGCCCUGCCCACGCAGCAGUAUGCCAAGUCCCUGCCCGUGUCUGUGCCUGUCUGGGCCUUCAAGGAGAAGAGGACAGAGGCGCGCUCAUCAGAUGAGGAGAACGGGCAGCCUUCCUCGCCCGACCUGGACCGCAUCGCGGCGAGCAUGCGCGCGCUGGUGCUGCGGGAGGCCGAGGACACCCAGGUUUUCGGUGACCUGCCCCGGCCACGACUCAACACCAGCGACUUCCAGAAGCUGAAGCGGAAAUACUGAGGCGGGGCAGGGAGCUUCCCGGCCCUGCGUCCGCCCCGCCCCACACUACACCCCCGCCCCGCCCCCGGGGCCCGCCAAUCCGGUUCAGAUCCGGACCGGCCUCUCCACGUCUGCCCGGCCCCGGGAUUGACCAGUUCCUGCCAGUCCCCGCCGCCCUUCGGGCCCAUGACCUCCGGCGGCACCGAGGAGCGGGAUCUGCCCAGUCUCCCGAUUGGAUCUGUUGCCCCUUUUUCUGCCCAGCGACAGAUUCUACUGAGGGGUUGGCUUGCUUCCCGCGUCGGGGCCGUCUAAGCCGUAAAUGGGUCAAAUCCGUCGUUUUCCGCCUAGCAACAAGGGCUUUGCUCGCAUGGCAUUGGCUCCAUCCCUGAUAGAGCACAGCCAAGGCCCAGGAUUGGGUGGUGGUACUCCACUGCACCUAGUGACUGGGCAGCUCCUUCAUUUGAUUGGCUCGAAUCCUGUAAAGGGCUUGAUCAAUUUCCCAAGCGUCACCGUCCGCCCUUCCCGAGUUCUCCCACCUGAUUGGCUCCAGCCUCCUGGGGGCGUGGCCAAGCCCUCCUCUACCCAGAAUUGGCCUGCGGCCUUCAAUCUAGGUUCUUUACACUACUGGGGCUGGGGUCGUUUUUUUCCCAAGUCCUGACAACUUGUACCCUUGGCCUCCUUAGGGAUGGCCCAAUCCUGUCCCUGCGUCUGACACUUCCUCUCAUUGGUUCCAUCCUCACAACAGCCUGCCAAUCGAAGCCCGUCCUUGCAACCAGGACGUUACCAGCUCCCGCCCCUCUCCCCUCACCCCACAGGUGCCUUAAAGGGCCCUCGUCCACCCGAGGUGGGGGGCUGGGGGCCUCACUCUCCGGCCCUGGUGUGGGGGAGAGAGUGGGGGGUGGGGGAUCGGAAGUUGGGAGGGACGCUCUGAAUUAAAGAGUUUUACCUCUGA